ACCAGACUAGUUUGUCUCAUCUUUUUUCCCUUUUCUCCCCAGAGGCUCAUCCAAAAUAGAGGAAGCAUGCGAAAUCUACACCAGAGCAGCAAACAUGUUCAAAAUGGCCAAAAAGUGGAGUGCUGCUGGAAACGCUUUCUGCCAGGCAGCCCAGUUGCACCUGCAGCUCCAGAGCAAGCAUGAUGCAGCCACCUGCUUUGUGGAUGCUGGUAACGCGUUCAAGAAAGCCGACCCCCAAGAGGCCAUUAACUGUUUGAUGAGAGCAAUUGAGAUCUACACUGACAUGGGCCGAUUCACUAUCGCCGCCAAGCACCACAUCUCCAUCGCUGAGAUCUAUGAGACGGAGCUGGUGGACAUCGAGAAGGCCAUUGCCCACUAUGAGCAGUCAGCGGAUUACUACAAAGGAGAGGAGUCCAACAGCUCAGCCAACAAGUGUCUGCUGAAGGUGGCUGGUUAUGCUGCACAGCUGGAGCAGUAUCAGAAGGCCAUUGACAUCUAUGAACAGGUGGGGACCAAUGCCAUGGACAGCCCCCUCCUCAAGUACAGCGCCAAAGACCACUUCUUCAAGGCGGCCCUCUGCCACUUUUGCAUCGACAUGCUCAAUGCCAAGCUCGCUGUCCAGAAAUACGAGGAGCUGUUCCCUGCAUUCUCCGAUUCCCGGGAGUGUGCGCUGAUGAAAAAAUUAUUAGAAGCCCACGAGGAGCAGAACAUAGGCAGCUAUACCGAGGUGGUGAAGGAAUACGACUCCAUCUCGCGGCUGGACCAGUGGCUCACCACCAUGCUGCUUCGCAUCAAGAAGACAAUCCAGGGUGACGAGGAGGACCUGCGCUAAGCGUCCCCUGCCCCCUGGCCCGGCUCCCUGCCUGUCUGCUCUCCCAGGGGCCCUCCUGCGCGGACCACCUGUGAACCCAGAGAGAGGAGGAGCCCCGCCGCGGACUGCCAGGCCUUCCCCGCCUCCCCGCUGAGGCGUCUGGCAAGCCAGCGUGGGCUCCUCCGCACUGCUCCAGGGCCCCCUGCGGUGUGGGAAGGGUUCUCCCCAUUUUAGAGACUAGCCAGCCAGUCACCCUUCAUUCUUGCUGCAUUCCUUGCUCCCUGCCAGUUUAUUUAAGCCCCCAAAGGUGCCCUUCACCCCCAAACACAGAGUCUGACACAGACCUGUUUGUGGUCAGUGCUGCCAGGUCCUGGGGUCAGCAUCUGGCCCCCCAUCCUUCACCUGGCUGAGUCGAGGCUGGUAUCUGUGUCUCCCACUUUGUCCUCCAGCCGAGCUCUGAGCACACACAGCUUCUCUCACCACUGGGGUGGGCUCCACUCCCCUCACCCCCAGGCCAGGAGCCUCCCCACAGCCUUUUGCAGCCCCAGCCCAUUAGGGUAGAGACCCCAGGAGCUCAUAGGGUCAUCCCCACACCCAGUCCUAAGUCUGCUCCUUCCCUAGUGCUUAGGUUUCAUCGUGGGAAGCUGCAGCUGGCCCAAGACAGAAAAUAAAAAAAGAAUCCUG